AAUGUACACUCGUCUCUCUAUUCUUGUUGUCGUUUUUCUUGCAAUUGGAACUGUCGACUCAAAGCACAAACAUCAUCAGAAAGGAAAUGAGCCAGAUUUCGUGAAAAAUCUCACAAAUUCUCAGAGAAGCUCGUUCUUUGGAAUCGUCAAGAAUCCAGGAAUUUCAUUUCAACAGAAGGACGAUAAACUUGUGAAAUGGGCAGAGGAUAAUAACCUUUCGGAGCAAUACGCCGAGUUCUCAAAGAACAUGACCAUUCACAAGGAAGAAGUGAGCAAGAAUAUCAGUGGAGUCAUCGAUCGUCUUGCGGCUGCCAAAGUUGAAGUUGACAAGGUCAAUGCUGAUUUGAGUUUGACGAAGAUUCAGAGAGACGAGAAAAUCGAUGAGCUCAAGAAGACCUACCCACAAGAAAUCCCGACUCUCUUCUAUAUCGGUGGUCUUUUCGAGCAUCCACGUAGAAAUGAGACAAAAGGAUCGGAAGGAAAGGGUGGAAGAAGAAAGCAUCAAUAAAUUAUGCUAAUUAAAAACAAUUUCCGUUUCGUUUAUAAAUAAACGUGUACAAUCUU